ACCUCCAUCAUUCAGAUCGCCAUUAUGGCCAAGCGUCCCAAUGUUCUUGUCGUCGUCGCAGACGACCUCGGGUUCUCCGAUGUGGGAUGCUUUGGCGGCGAGAUACGGACUCCGAAUAUUGAUCAGAUUGCAAAGGAAGGGCUUCGAUUUACCGACUUUCAUGCGGCGGCAGCAUGCUCUCCCACAAGAGCAAUGAUCAUGACUGGGACCGACCACCACAUCGCAGGCUUGGGUAACCUCAUCGAAUGGACCAACAUCUCAGGUCAAAAUGGCCCCAAAGGCUCGGCCAUGAGCACCGCGCCGCAGCGAGGAAUGCCGGGUUACGAAGGAUAUCUCAAUGAACGGGUGGUCGCACUGCCCGAACUCUUGCGAGACGCGGGCUAUCACACGGUCAUGUCGGGAAAAUGGCAUCUGGGAUUGACCCCCGAGCGAUCACCGCAUGAGCGAGGCUUUGUGCGUUCGUUUGCCCAUUUGCCUGCCUGUUCUAAUCACUAUGCCUAUGAGCCUCAGCUUCAAGAUCAGGACAGUAUCCCGACGUUUAUCGAAGCCAGUUACAUUGCGCUGCACAUGGAGGACGGGAAAUAUGUGCGUCAUCUGCCCGAGGGUUGGUACUCGUCGGAUGGGUAUGGAGAUAAAAUGAUCGAGUAUCUUCGGGAAUGGAAAGAGAGCGGGGGCAGCUCAGGGCCCGACGGCCAGGGAGACCGGCCUUUCUUUGGGUAUCUUCCUUUUACUGCUCCACAUUGGCCCUUGCAGGCUCCGCGGGAGUACAUCGAUCAUUAUCGCGGAGUAUACGAUGAGGGGCCGGACGUUCUGCGCGAGAAACGCCUUCAGAGACUUAAAGAGUUGGGAAUGGUCCGUGAAGACGUGAUCCCGCACCCCGUGGACGCCGACGAGGUCAAGACGUGGGAAGAGUACACGCCCGAGGAGAAGAAGAAAUCAUCGACCGCGAUGGAAGUCUUUGCAGGGAUGGUAGAGUGCAUUGAUCACAAUGUGGGCAAAGUCGUCGAUUAUCUGACUGAGAUUGGCGAACUCGACAACACCUUUGUCUGUUUCAUGUCCGAUAAUGGUGCCGAGGGCGCAGCUUAUGAAGCCUAUCCCAUGGUCAAGAACGGAGUCAUGCCGCAUCUUCAGAAAUACUACGACAACAGUCUGGAGAAUCUGGGCAAUGGGAACUCGUUCAUUUGGUACGGUCCUCGCUGGGCGCAGGCAGCCACUGCUCCAUCUCGUCUCUACAAGGCCUAUACCACCGAAGGUGGUGUGCGUGUCCCGUUUACCUGCCGAUUCCCCAAAUCCAUGAAUGUCAAGCCCGGUGAUACUACUCCCCCAGUAGGUGGGAUCACCGAUCAAUUCGCCACCGUGAUGGAUCUGGCUCCCUCCAUCCUCGAGAUGGCCGGGGUCAAGCAUCCGGCACCCAGCUAUCAGGGACGGGAGGUUGUCUCCAUGCGAGGACGCAGUCUUUAUCCCUGGGUGACAGGGGCUAGCAAACGAAUCCACCCCGAGGAUUUCAUUCAGGGCUGGGAGACGUGCGGUCGAGCUGCUCUACGCUGCGCUGACUGGAAAAUUGUCUUCAUUCCCAAGCCAAAGGGUCCCGAGCGUUGGCAAUUGUACAACCUGGUGCAGGAUCCCGGUGAAGUUCGGGAUCUGUCAGACCGAGAGCCUGAAAUCCUUAAGAAGCUGUUGAAAUUGUGGGAUCAGUACGUGAUUGAAACGGGGGUCAUCCCGUUGUGUCCCGAUCUGGGAGAAUUUCUGGAAGCGACAGAUGCACAGAUGCCGGAGAAUGCGUGGAUGGAGUUUGAUUACUGGAAAGAGGGUGCUCGUGAUCAUCCGGAGAAGUUUACUCGUCGACCGCCCCGAUUUCAACGAGUAGUGAAGCAAUUCUGA